GAAAAAAGUCCAGGGUAUUAUUUUCUCUAAAUUUGAAGAAAUUGCAAUAUUGGUAGUUUAUCAGUAUGGCACAUCAACUUCAGUUAGAGAAGAAAAACUACAGACAGUGGGUAAAGGCUGGUUUAGGACUUGGGUAUUUAAAGGAGGGACUGGUACCAUUCUGUAAUGACAUAGCUGACCAACAACAUAAGGAUAUCUUACAGAACAUUCGGUCUACAAAAUCACUACCAUCAAAUGCGACGUGUGGCAGCUGUCAAGUUGAUACUCUCAAGCCAGACCAUAAGCCAGCAGGGAAUGCUGGAAACAAAGUUUGUCCUCUUGGGCAAGUAAGAUGCAGCUGUUGCUUUACUAAGGGCAAAACUGCUUGUCCGAACAAAAUAUGUGGCGCCAUCUAUGACUAUAUUGUGCAACAUCAUGCAUCUUCACCACCUGCUCCUAACUGGAAAAACAGCGAUGCUCAGCAGUGGUCGACAGACCCUUGGAGCAUUUGUCAGUGUUUUAUAAAUGCUCCAGGGUACGGACAGAAGAAAUCUGCUAGUGAAACUGAUUGUACUGGGUUAUUACACCUAUUGAUUAAUAACCAGUAUUUUCAUAGCCACAUUGCAUGCAAUGUCACAGGAACAAACAAUCUGUUUUCAACGGUUCGUCAGUUUAGGAAUGAUAUUUUUCACUCAAGCAGUAUGGAAUUAGAAGAAAGUGAGGCAAAUUCUUAUAUUGACCAUAUGAUAAAAGUUUUACAAGAUGGUAAGGAGCUAUUACAACGAUCAGAUGCCCAGAUAGCCGUGAAGAAACUUGAAGAUCUGAAAGAGAAAGACUUCAUUAUAACUACUGAAGGGUUUGAAGAAAUUCUGAGACAAAUCAAGAAAGAAAUGGAAAAUGCUCCAACUAAAGAGGAAUAUAAGGAGCUCAAAACACAGAUGUCAAAACUAAAAGAGGAGAUAAAAAGACUCAAAGAAGAAGAUUCUCCUCAUCAAAAACAGCUGGAGUAUGAAAAGGCUAAAUCAGAAUGGCGGGAAAAGCUGAUAGAACAGUAUCACAAAACCCUGCUGCAGGUUCCUACAAUACCUUUACAACCAAAAAGUGAAAAAUGUAGCUUUAAUGAGAUUUAUAUUAGGCCCCAAAUUAUGAAAGAAAUUAAAGGAGAAAAGGGGGAGAUAAAGGAAGUGGAGGUUAAAACAAUGUCUGAAAUAUUCACAAAGAAUGGAGUCCCCCAAAAAUCUGUAUAUGUUCUAGGAGAUGCAGGCUCAGGAAAAACUAGUUUUUGUAAAUAUCUGGUCAACUGUUGGUGUUUGGCACAUUGUAAGGAACAUGAAGCUGACAAUGAAAAUGAGGAGCAUGAGGGCGGAAAUGAAAAACACGGAGGUGACAAUGAAGAACAUGAAGGUGAUAAUGAAGAACAUGGAGGUGAUGAUGAAGAACAUGGAGGUGACAAUGAAGAACAUGUAGGUGAUAAUGAAGAACAAAGAGCUGAUAAUGAAGAACAAAGAGGUGAUAAUGAAAAACAUGGAGGUGAUAAUGAAGAACAUGGAGGUGACAAUGAAGAGCAUGGAGGUGAUUAUGAAGAACUUGUACAUGAUAAUGAAGAACAAAGAAGUGAAGAACAUGGGGGUGAUAAUGAAAAUGAAGGUGGCAUUGAAAAUGAAGCUGACAAUAAAAAUGAGGAGCAUGAGGGUGGAAAUGAAAAACAUGGAUGUGAGAGUGAAGAACAUGGAGGUGAUAAUGAAAAACAUGGUGGUGAUAAUGAUGAACAUGUAAGUGAUAAUGAAGAGCAUCAAAGUGAUAAUGAAAAUGAAGAUUACAAUGAAAAUGAAUGUUACAAUAAAAAUAAGGAGCAUGAGGGCAGAAAUGAAAAACAUGGAAGGGACAGUGAAGAACAUGGAGGUGAUAAUGAAGAACAUGGAGAUGAUAAUAAGAAACAUGAAAAUGACAAAGAAAGUGAAGUAUGCAGACGGAAAUAUGGAAAUGACGGUGAAAGUGAAGGUGGCAAUGACAAGAAUGGAGGUGAUAACGAAGAACAAGAAAAACAAGGGGAUGGCAAUGAAAGUGAAGGUGGCAAUGAGAAACAUAAAGAACAUGGAAGUGACAUUAUAAAUGAAAAGGUAAACGAGAAACAUGGAGGAGAUAUUGAAAAUGAAAAACACAUGGGUAACAUUAAGAAACACGGAGGUGACGGUGAUGACAUUCAGGAUGAAAGUGAUGACAUAACAAUCUCUAAAUUCAACAGUGAUGACUAUGAAUAUGACAGCAAAAGUUAUGAACUUAAAUUCAAUGGUGUAAAAGACAUGAAAAGAUUUAAUUUUUUAUUUUACAUCCCUCUUAGACAGUAUCAAAACAUUGAUUCUAUUGAUGAAAUGCUUCAAAAAUGUUAUCAAAUGAAAAUGUUAAACACACUUCUUGAAGAAGAAUCCUCUAGAGUUAUUAUUUUGCUUGAUGGCUUAGAUGAAUGGUCCCCUGAAAAUGUCCCAAAACAUAGCAUCUUUAAGGAGUACACAAUAGUAACUACUUCACGGCCAUGGAAAUUUCAUUCAUUAAGAUCAAGUGAUGUGGAGAUUGAACAGUCACUGAAACUGGAAGGGUUUGAUUUUAAAUGUGAAAGCGAAAUGGUAUUUAGGACAGUCUCACAAUUAAAUGUUAGAAGACAUGCUAAUAAAGAAGCUAUAUACUGUAGGGAAAAGCUCAAAGAAGGGUCUCUGAAAAGUUUCAAACAGGUACCAAUUAUGCUGCAACAACUGAUAUGUCUAUGGUUUGAUGGUAAACUCGAUAAAACCUCAAGAUGUGCCAUCUACACUGGUAUGUUAGAAUUAUUCUUCACCUGGAAUGACAUGAAAACUACAGGAACAAGUACUGGCCUCAUGAAGGGUACCCAGAAAGUAAACCUCCCUCAAUAUUUAGCAGAUAAAACCAAAUUAAGAUUAAACAGACAUUUAAUUCAUGAAAUGUCACAGUUGGCUUUUGAGACACUAUUUAAUUGUCCUAAGGAUAAGUCCUUGUCAUUUGACAUUUGUAUGUUAGAUGAACUAGAAAUAUCAGAUGAAGUAAGAGAAAAUUGCUUGAAACUUGGAAUAAUUACAGAAGAUGAAUGUCCAAGUUUGUCUGUAUCAGAACCACCAAGCUCAUUGUUCUCUUUUAUUCACAAAUCAAUGCAGGAAUUUCUGGCUGCAGUCUACAUUGGUAUUAAUUUCAAUACAAAACUUGAUUCGUCAGGUAGUACAGGAAAUGUUGAAUUAACCAAAAAGUUUAUUUAUGAAGUUUUUCAGAAAUUUUCAACAGUAAAUGACAUAUUAGAGCAGUCAAAUGUUGUCAUUAUGCUAUGUGGUCUAGAACCUAGAUUAGCAACACCUAUUUCAAAAUAUAUAUAUGAUACUGUGUCAGAAGACUCUCGUGUUCAGGAAUACAGGAGAACAAUAAGUAGUGACUUUUAUAUGGUUGAUAGUUGUAUUACUGAUAUUCAAAAGCUUAUUAUUGAGUUAAAAGAGGAAUCAAAUGCACCAUGUAGUGAAGGAAGUAAUCCUGUGUUUUAUAUAGGAGAUUUGACCAUUGAUUUAUUCAAUCAGUAUUGUUAUAUUGUUUGUUCAAGUAUUGAUCAGCAUCAAAUCCUUCCUGACUCUGUUCUGUCUAUUAAUGUACAUGUACUUGACAUCAACACAAAAAAUGUUAGAUUUACAAAAUAUUUACCAAUGUUUCAUCGUCUUGAAAAAAUUGUAAUAAAAUUAGAAAGUUUAUCAAGUACACAAAGUGAUGGUACACAGAGUAAUGAACAGAGUAAUGAACAGACGAUUGAUGAGAUAAACAAUUGUGUUUCUGAGACAAUUAAAGUAAAUACUUUAACAUUAAAAUCUCUGUCUCUUGAUAAUGUCAUUAACACUGACAUAUAUUACCCAGUGUGUAAAACAGUUGUUAGUAACCUACCUAGUAUGGUCAAUCUUGUAGCAAUAAGUAUGAGUUUCAUAGCAAUGAGUCAUGAUGAUACUACUACAUUCUGUAAUUUUCUGGAGGGAACCAGUCAUCUUGAACAAAUACAUCUUUGCAAAGUUGAUUGUCAAUGUCAUAACCAGCAUGAUGUUAAUUUAUCAAAACAUCAACAACUUCAUUACCUUGAUUUGAAAUAUACUGUUAGAGUGAUAGAUGUUGAUGCUACAAACCUUGAAAUAUUUGGAUUUGGGGGUUUGAAAGACAGAAAUUAUGAGAAAAUAUUUGAUAUUAUUAAAAAAUCUUACAAAUUAAAAGAACUUUUGUUGCAUGGUGAUGAGUUUAGUAAAUCUCAUUUUUAUCAUGCCAACAUAACAGAGAGACUAGUCAGUGUAUUACCAUUGUUACACAAUCUCAGUAAGCUUCAGUUAUUGUAUUGUAUGAUAACUGACAAUAUAAUACAGUUACCUUUAGAGAUGAAGGGUUUAAAGGACAUUAAGCUUGUUAGUGUAAUAAUGAGUUUGACAACAUGGCAGAAGUUUGUUGAUAGUCUUCCUAGUGUUCCCCAUACUGUAGAUGUGAGUGUAUGGUUCUGUUAUAUAACAGGAGAUGGUGAGGAGUGUAAUGAUGGUAUGUUAACAUUGAUAUUACAACGACUUGAAGGAGGGAAGAGAAAUGAUGCUAUACAGUAUGUAAAAGAUCACAAUCAGUUAUUUCAUAUUAAACGUGAUGAUAGAAUAUUUCUUAAUUUUUCAACAAAAACCUGAGAUACAUGUAAUUUACAUGUUAAUCAUGAUGAUUAGUUUUGGUUUGAAUUUUCAACAAAAAGUGAUAAAGAAUACAUGUAGUUUACAUAGUUGUUAAACUAAAUUAGUCCCUGUUAAAAGUGAUAAUAAAUGUGGUGUUUUUUUGUUUUUCUACAAAAAUACGGCUUGAAUUUUUAACAGUGAUAUAGGAUACUUGCAGUUAACAUAGUGUUUAAACUGAAUUAUUUUGUGUUAAAAGGACAUGAUGAAUUUGUUUCAGAAUCUUUAUUUUCAUAAAAAAUGAUAAUAAUGACAAGUUAGAUAUAUACAUGUACAUAUUGUUGUAAAGUUAAAGAAUGAAUAUAAUGCAUUAUGAUAGAAUAUAAAUCAUGCAAAAUAUUUAGUUGUUUAAUAUUAAUUUCUGGUCAUUUUAACGAAAUGUAUUUAUAAUAUUGAAAUUGAAGAAAAUAACAUUCAAAUUGUGUUUUUGAAUAAAUUAAUGAAAAAAAAAUGAAGUGAAAUAGUAUAGAUAUAUUGAUCUUAGUAAGGGUAAAGGUUAUUUUUUUAAAGUAUAAGAUUAAUGUAACAUGCAAAUACAAGUUAUUUAAUAUAUAAGACAAGGUAAUGGUAUUAUAUAAAUACCAGUUAUAUGAUAUAUAGAACUAGUGAAUGGUAUAUAUGAAUACCAUUUAUAUGAUAUAUAAUAAUAUAUAAGAUAAGGGAAUGGUAUAAAAAAUACCAGUUAUAUGAUAUAUUGGAUGAGGGAUUGGUAUACAAAUGAAUACCAGUUAUAUGAUAUAAAGGACAAUUGAAUGGUAUAUAUGAAUACCAGAUUUAUGAUAUAUAUGACAAGCAUAUGGUAUAUAUAAAAUAAACGUUAUAUGAUAAACAUGACAAGGAUAUGGUAUAUAUAAAUACAAGUAAUAUGAAUGUAGAAGUGAAUGUCUAUAAAAAUACCAGUUGUAUGAAUGUAGGAGAAGUGAAUGUUCUGUAAAAAUACCAGUUAUAUGAUAUAUAUGAGAAGGAUAUGGUAUAUAUAAAUAUCUGUGAUAUGAUAUAUAUAGACAGGGGAACAGUAUGUUGUAUUUUCAGUGAUAUGAUAAAUAGAAUUAUAUGACAUAAAGGACAAGUAAAUGGUGUAUAUAUAUAUAUAUAUAUAUAUAUAUAUAUAUAUAUAUAUAUAUAUAUAUUUUGUUUUCAUUGAGAUGAGAAGAAACAUUUACUUGUUUUAUUUUAGAGAUUCCUUUAUCAUUUGUUUUAUGUUGUAAAUAUAGAAAUAAGUUAUAUUUGCUUAUAAUUAUGCCAAGUAUUGGUGUGUACAUGAGUUUAUACUGUUACUUAAAAUAACUCAAUUUAAUGAAAGGGUCUCCACUGAGAUCUUUUGACAAGAUAGGAUAGGAAUUGUUUUUUUCGAGGUUUCAUACUAUUUGAUAAAAAUCUAUUUCAAUAACUUGUGUGCAAAAUUUCAGAUCAUUGCUAAAAUACUAGUAAUCAUUUAAGCUGGACUAUUCAAAGACUAAGGAGAGCUACUUAAUUAUCCAAGUGUAUAAUUGGCAUCACACUGGUUUGAAUUUCUGCUUGCAAGUUAGUAUCUAAAACUUCUGAACUUGAAGGAAAUGAGUUGAGAUGCUUGAUUUCUGUGGUCAUCUAACAUGAUAAACACAAGUUCUUUAACUCUGAUUUGCCUUUUUGCAUAUUUUGACUUUGAAAUUCAUGGUUAAGUUUUUGAGUGUAAGUUGGUAUCUCCAUAACUACAGAUGGGGAUGGAUUGGAACUUUAGGCUCAUAUUUGAGUGCAUUAUAGGUCACUGUCCAAGGAAAAAUAGUAAGACAUGGAUUUUGACAGAAUUAUUGCCCUUUGAAAAAGGCAACAUAUAGUGGUUACUUCUGUCGGCGGUAACAGCAACAGCCCAUAAGGCUUGUUCACACUAUAACUCAGAUUGACUCCAAACUUGGUAUGCCUACUUCUUUCAAUGGCCAGAACUGCAGUGCAUCUUCUUAUCUUUUUGAGUAAUUGCCCUUUGUUAAUUUUCAUGCUUAAUUUUUGUCUGGACCAUUUCUCCUAAACAAUGAAAGAUAUGGACGUAAAACUUCAUAGGAUAAUAUAUCUCAUUUAGAAGAAGUGCAGUGCACAAGAACCGGUCUCUGCACUUCAUUAUUUUUCAGUUAUUGCCCUUUGUAAA